GCCGGUGGAGAGGCUGGUGUUGUCGUGGAAACGUAAUGGGCGUCGGCUGGCCAGUGGAGUGGGCGUGUUCGGGCGUCGCCUGACCCUCUCUAGCCCCUCCCUCUCAGACGGGGGCGUGUACGUGUGUGAGGCGUCGCUUCUCAACUCCACCACCAGACCCACCGAGGCCCGGGCCCAUCUCACUGUACUGGAGCCUCCGUACUUCACUGCUGAACCCAGACUGAAGAGUGUAGCAGCACUGGACAGGAACGUGGACUUACACUGUCAGGCCAAGGGAGUCCCCCCUGCCCGUAUAGAGUGGUAUAAAGACGCUGUGCCCGUAUCCAAGUUGGCCAACCCUCGCUACAAGGUUACUGCGGCAACGGGUCUGACUGUGCGGAGAGUCCAACCAGGAGAUGCCGGAAUGUUCCAAUGUUUCGCUCAGAACGCAGCCGGAGAGACACAAACACACACACAGCUGGUGGUCACAAGUGUCACCCCCUCCUUCUCCCUCCUCCCCUCUGACCUCACCGUUACCGACGGCAACUCGGCUGUGUUCACCUGCGAGACCACUGGAGCCCCCAAACCUGCUGUCAGUUGGAGGAGAGGUUCCCAGCUCCUGGCCAGUGGGACAGUCCAGAUUCCCAGGUUCACCCUGCUGGAGUCAGGUGGUCUGCUGGUUGAGCCAAUCAGCAUGGAAGAUUCUGGCGACUACACCUGUACUGCCGCUGGCGCAGACGGAUCCAUCAACGCUACGGCCACUCUCACUGUCUGGAUUCGUACAUUUAUCUCCGUCCCGCCGGUGGACCAGAGGGUCAUCAAGGGAACCACGGCAACCCUGGACUGUAACGCUACACACGACCCCAGGAUCAACAUCAGUUUCCAGUGGCAGCGUGGAGCAGUACCCCUCCAGCCCAGCGGGGGCAGAGUGUCUAUAUUGUCUGGUUCUCUGACCAUCAGCCAGACUUGGUCAGGCGACAUAGGAGACUAUACCUGCACUGUGACAUCACAGGCCGGGAACCAAUCACGCUCCGCACGCCUCGAAGUCAUUGAGCUCCCCCACUCCCCCAGGUCUCUGUCUGUGUCUCUGAAUGAUUCAGACAGCCGUUCAGUUCUUCUCUCCUGGGUCAGACCCUUCGAUGGAAACUCUCCUCUUCUACACUACAUACUGGAGCUGUCUGAAAACAACUCUCCAUGGAAGGUGUACACGUCGGAGGUGGGGCCUGCUGUGACACAGGUGUCGGCGGGCGGGCUCACCCCUGCCAGGACCUAUCAGUUCAGACUCUGUGCUGUCAAUCAAGUGGGCCGCGGCCAAUACAGCGGCGAGACACAGAGGACUAUUAACAACAUGAACAACAACAGAACACUGUACUGGACCCGCUGGUCUGGACCCGCUGAGCCUCCGUACUUCACUGCUGAACCCAGACUGAAGAGUGUAGCAGCACUGGACAGGAACGUGGACUUACACUGUCAGGCCAAGGGAGUCCCCCCUGCCCGUAUAGAGUGGUAUAAAGACGCUGUGCCCGUAUCCAAGUUGGCCAACCCUCGCUACAAGGUUACUGCGGCAACGGGUCUGACUGUGCGGAGAGUCCAACCAGGAGAUGCCGGAAUGUUCCAAUGUUUCGCUCGGAACGCAGCCGGAGAGACACAAACACACACACAGCUGGUGGUCACAAGUGUCACCCCCUCCUUCUCCCUCCUCCCCUCUGACCUCACCGUUACCGACGGCAACUCGGCUGUGUUCACCUGCGAGACCACUGGAGCCCCCAAACCUGCUGUCAGUUGGAGGAGAGGUUCCCAGCUCCUGGCCAGUGGGACAGUCCAGAUUCCCAGGUUCACCCUGCUGGAGUCAGGUGGUCUGCUGGUUGAGCCAAUCAGCAUGGAAGAUUCUGGCGACUACACCUGUACUGCCGCUGGCGCAGACGGAUCCAUCAACGCUACGGCCACUCUCACUGUCUGGAGGCCCCGCCGGUGGACCCUCAAGGGAACCAACUGGGACCCCAGGAGGGGAGGGUGUCUAAUGGUUAACAUGGUUCUGUAUCUCUGUAGUGUGGUGCAGUACCCCUCCAGCCCAGCGGGGGCAGAUGUCUUUUCCAGUGUGGUGCAGUACCCCUCCAGACCCCAGGGGCAGAGUGUCUCUAUGUUAACAUGGUUCAGUAUCUCUGUAGUUUCCAGUGUGGUGCAUUUCCAGUGGCAGCGUGGAGCAGUACCCCUCCAGCCCAGCGGGGGCAGAGUGUCUAUAUUGUCUGGUUCUCUGACCAUCAGCCAGACUUGGUCAGGCGACAUAGGAGACUAUACCUGCACUGUGACAUCACAGGCCGGGAACCAAUCACGCUCCGCACGCCUCGAAGUCAUUGAGCUCCCCCACUCCCCCAGGUCUCUGUCUGUGUCUCUGAAUGAUUCAGACAGCCGUUCAGUUCUUCUCUCCUGGGUCAGACCCUUCGAUGGAAACUCUCCUCUUCUACACUACAUACUGGAGCUGUCUGAAAACAACUCUCCAUGGAAGGUGUACACGUCGGAGGUGGGGCCUGCUGUGACACAGGUGUCGGCGGGCGGGCUCACCCCUGCCAGGACCUAUCAGUUCAGACUCUGUGCUGUCAAUCAAGUGGGCCGCGGCCAAUACAGCGGCGAGACACAGAGGUUGAUGCUGAGAGAGGAGGCUCCCAGCGCUCCUCCUAAGAACAUGGUGGCGUCGGGUCGUACCAACCAGUCUAUCAUGGUCCAGUGGCAGCCUCCCCCAGAACCACAGCACAAUGGACUGCUCCGAGGAUACAUCCUCAGGUAUCGUCUGGCAGGUCUACCAGGAGAGUACCAAGAGAAGAAUAUCUCUAGUCCAGAGACGAACUACUGUCUCCUAUCAGACCUCAUAAUCUGGACUCAGUAUCAGAUACAACUGGCUGCCUACACUGCUGCAGGCCUGGGAGAGUAUAGUACUGCUGUUACUGAGUACACACUACAGGGAGUCCCCACAGCGCCCCCUCAGGCUGUAGAGGUAACAGCAGUCAGCUCCUCAGCUAUCAGAUUCACCUGGAACCCUCCGCCUCAGCAGUUCAUCAACGGGAUCAACCAGGGAUACAAGUUGCUAGUCUGGCCAGAGCACUCCCCCGAGGCUGUAACCAUAGUGACCAUCACCCCCGACUACCCCGGUUCCCGCCUCACCGGAUUGGUUGUUGGACUAAGGAAGUUCACCUGGUAUCUAGGCUCCACCCUCUGCUUCACCACACCCGGCGAUGGACCCAAGAGCCCUCCCAUACUGCUACAGACACACGAAGACACUCCAGGUCCGGUGGGUCACUUGAGCUUCACUGAAAUCCUGGACACGUCUCUGAGGGUGAGCUGGGCAGAGCCUAAAGACAAGAACGGCAUCAUCACAGGUUAUGUGAUAUUGUGGUGUGUUUCUGGGUCAGCAUCGGGGUCAGGGUCGGAGGGCAAUGCGUCAUGUGAGGAGCGAGCUCUCUCUAACUCUACCCUGCAAUACAAGGUCACCAGCUUGACCUCUAUGACAUCAUACGCCCUGGAGGUCGCCGCCAUGACAGCGGCAGGAAGAGGCGUGGCCACCACCUCCACCAUCUCCUCUGGAGUUCCACCAGAGCUUCCUGGUGUGCCUUCUAACCUGGUCAUCUCCAACAUCAGCCCUCGCUCCGCCACACAGAACCAGAGGUUCCGAACCCCGGCAGCAGAAGGGAAGACAGAUGUCAUCUCCAAAUGGAAUACUAGGGGUGGAGAGAGGGAUGGGAAGGAGGAGGAGUGGAGAGUCGUGUAUGAGAGAGAGAACAGAGAGAAGCAGCCUGAUGUCGACUCAAUGGAAAUACCAGACCUCCUCCCCUUCACACUGUACAGGUUCCGAUUGCGCCAGGAGAACAUUGUGGGCUCCAGUCCCUCUAGCACCCCCUCCAGGAUGAUUCAGACACUGCAGUCGGCCCCCGACACACCCCCUAACAACCUCACCCUGGUUACAGCCACACAGACCAGCCUCACACUAUGCUGGGCGCCGUUACCGGUUUCUGAGUAUAAUGGUAGUCCAGAGACGGUGGGUUACCGGGUGUGUGUCCGGCGGGCAGACGGCCGGGGAGAAGAGAGGAUGGAGGAGGUGGCGGAGGUCAGAGGACAGGGGUCAGGGGUUAGUGGUCAGCAAAGCGAGACGAUGCUGGAGGGCCUGGCUGAAUGGACGGACUACCAGUUGAAGAUACAAGCCUUUAACUCCAUAGGAGCCGGACCAUGGAGUAACACACUGACCACACACACCAAGGAGUCAGUGCCGUCUGGCUGUCCAGUGAAUGUGAGUGUGGAGGCGGUGAGUUCUACCAGGAUUUUGGUCACAUGGUCUCCUGUUCCGGAGAUGCAGAGAAACGGACCCAUCCUAGGUUACAAGGUGUUGUACGCGGUGAAGGAUUGUGUAGACGCCCCCUCAGUGUGGUCAGUCCCAGGGGAGAGGAGUGUUUCUGUCCUCCUGGGGGAACUACUGAAAUACACAGUCUACCAGAUACAGCUGGUAGCAUUCACACAGCUGGGAGACGGACCACCGAGCCCCAGAACACUACACAGGACCAAGGACGAUGUUCCAGGUCCUCCAGUGAGGCUGUUGUUUCCAGAGGUUCGUCUGACGUCUGUCAGGGUGGUGUGGCAGCCGCCUACUGACCCCAACGGGAUUAUCAUGGGUUAUCAGAUAGCGUACCGUCUGGAUGCCGGCGACCCCAUGCGGUUCACUACGGUGGAGGUGGGGUCGACCGCGCGUCAGUUUACAGUCAGCGGUUUGACCGGAGACCAGGCCUAUGUGUUCAAGUUGACCGCUAGGACCUCUCAGGGAUGGGGCAGAGCUGAGGAAGCUGUAGUUAUCACCACCGAACGCAGAGAGCGUCCCUCUCCCCCCAGGAAGUUGUCCGUCCCCCAGGGGGAGGUCCAAUCUCGUAGGCUCCGCCUCCACUGGGUUGCCGGGAUGACAGGCUCCUCCCCCCUACGGUACUACUGCCUGCAAACCAGAGAGCUUCCGACCGGAGACUGGACCAGUCACUCUGCUGAUAUACCACACAAUUACACAGCCUGGACCGUAGAGAGACUGAAACCCUUCACGUCGUACAAGCUGAGGAUGCUGGCAACCAACGAUGUAGGAGACAGCAACUACAGCAAAGAGACGGAGGCUGUUAUCACACUACAGGAUGUUCCCGAGGAGGCUCCAGUGAUAGUAUCAGUGAAACCCUCUACUACUACCUCUGUUCUGGUGCAGUGGCAGCGUCCCAGUGAGGAGAGCGUUAACGGGGUGCUGGUUGGCUACCGGCUGUACUACCGGGAACUCCCGGUAAACUCCACCCCUAGUACGGUACCCCUGGAAGACAUGGCCAACAACACCACCACACGUGGUGACAUCACAGCUCUGACCAGCUUUAAGACAGUGAGCAGUGCUUCAUUAACAGAAUUUGAGUUAACGCAGCUGAAGAAGUUUAAGUGUUAUGAGAUCGUCAUGACAACCUAUAACAUCGUAGGAGAGAGCCCACCCUCUGAGCCGGCCACUGUAUCAGUUGGAGAAGCAGCUCCCUCCUUGCCACCCCAGUCUAUCAGAGCGGUGCCUGUCUCUCCUACUGUACUGGAGGUGACCUGGGACCUCCCACCCCUACACACACAGAAUGGACUCAUCCAGGGUUACAAGAUCCACUACUGGCAGGGUGACAGACAGAACGAGACAGAGAAGGUGACGGUGGUGUUUGUUCCUGACACGCGUGUUCGUCUGGUCAACCUCACGUGUUACACGUCCUACCUCGUCACGCUGUCUGCCUUCAACGUGGCUGGAGACGGCCCGCCCAGCGAACCCCGGGGCGCCAAGACCCUACAGGCUGCCCCCAGCCAGCCCAGUUUCCUGUCGUUUUCGGAGGUGACAGGAUGGAGUGUCAACGUCUCCUGGGGGGCGCCCAGCGCUUCUAACGGGGUAGUGGAGGGGUACAGGGUGGUCUACCAACCCACACAGCCUGUACAGGGUGUGAGUCGGGUGGUGACGGUGGAGGUGAAGGGUAGCUGGCAGCGUUGGUUGAAGGUCAGAGACCUGACUAAAGGAGUAACCUACAGGUUCAGUGUCCAGGCCAGAACAGUCAGCUACGGACCUGCUGCCCACUGUAACGUCACCUCACAACCUCUACAGGGCACCCCUGGUUCGCCCAUGGAGAUGUCAGUCACCAAGUCCUCCUCGGCGCUGACCAUUCAUUGGUCGGAGGGAGACGCGGGGGCGGGACCUGUCAUAGGUUACAUCAUCGAGGCUCGUCCCUCAGAUGAAGGGAUGUGGGACUCGUUUGUCAGGCUCCUCCCCCCCAGCAGUAGGUCAGUAACCGUGGAGAUGGACCGUCUGAGGUCAGGGGUCGGAUAUGAGUUCCGUGUCAUCGCUGUCAAUCGCUACGGUUAUGGAGAACCUAGCACGCCGUCCACCGCGCUCGCUGGAAAGCAUGUGUCUACGGUGGAGGAGUCCGUAACCCUGGACAACGGAGGAUUCACAGCUCUGGAACUCAACAGCAGAACUCUGAACAACAAGAGCACCUUCCACAAGAAGAAUGGAACUAGGUCCCCUCCCAGGCCCAGUCCAGGCCUCCUCCACUACUCUGAUGAAGACCUGUGUGAUAACUACAACAAUGGAGCCAUCCUCACAGAGAGCACCACACUCACAGAGAAACCUGCUGACAUCUCAGAAUCUGAGGUAACAGACAGUGACUGUGAGGAUGAUCAUCAACCUAAACAUUCCUUUGUUAAUCACUACAUGUCAGAUCCCAGCUACUAUAACAGCUGGAAGAGACAAGCUAAAGGCCUGAAGGGGUUGAGUCUGGCGUCCGGCUACGAGGAGGAGUGUUCUGACGGGGCAGAGCCCUACUACCAGACCGUGGUCACACAGCACAGCACAGGGGGAGCGUACACACCCACUGGGCUGCCCGCGCACACACACACACUCCCACACACACUCCCACACACACACACUCACGCCAACCCCAAUACUAAUCCACCAGGCUCACGCACGCCCGUCACGGGGUUCUCGUCUUUUGUGUGACUCGUGCACACAUGCGCACACACACACACACGCGCGCUCACACACACACAGAGGGCGGAGCGGAGGAGGUUUGGAGCCCACUACUGUGGUAGGACAGAGGGAUGGAGGGAGAAGGAGGAAGAGGAGGAUGGGAGGAAGGAGGGAGAGGAGGAUGGAAUGAGAAGAGGAUGGGAGGAAGGAGGGAGAGGAGGAUGGAAUGAGAGCAGGAUGGGAGGA